AUGGAAGGAGGAGAUAUGCUACUAAUUGAUUAUAAAUUCAUGCAAGGUAGCGAAAGAGAUCUUUUCACUGCUGAUUCUCAUCCGAUAUCUUCUCUUUCAGCAAUUUUGAUUCUUUUCUGUAUGAUGACUGGAGAUGACGCAAAUUAUUUCGAUAGCAUAUAUCAAAACGGUAUUGUCAAUGUCCUUACUAUUGCACUUUUUUCAAUGCUCAUUAAUAUUCUUUCUACACACAUUUUUGUCCGAACCUGGAGAUUUAAUUUUGGACUUCAGUAUGCCGAUGUUGUUCAAGAUAUAUUCAAUGGUGGGAAAACAAUUACAAGAAUAAUCUUUAUCAUUGCUCUGGUUUAUACAGGUUUGGUCAUUCAACAAUGUGCUGAAUACAAUAUCAGGUCAAUUGUAGCACCACAUCUCAAGAACUCAUAUCUAACAAACAGUAAUAUCAUGAAUUAUGUUAUUAUUCCUCUGUUUAUUCUACCGUUUAUGCUUGUCAAAAGAUUUGCAAGUCUUAGAUACUAUCUAAUGUUAGGAAACAUUGGAGUUCUAGUUGUUCUUGUUGUGUCAAUAUAUUUUUUUGUAAAAUGCUACAAAGAAAAUGGAUUUGAUCCUCAAAAACAAUUUGUUAUGAUAUCUAAAAGCUUUUGGGGUUGCUAUGAUAUAUUCUCUGGAUUUUCAUCCUUAUUUUGGGGACAACCAUUUCUUUGCGCAAUAGCUUCGACAUUACCAAAGACGUCACAAAAAUCAGUUAUUGCAACAUCUGUCAAUGCCACAAUCAUAGUUUUUAUAGUUAAUUUAGCAAUAUCCUUAUUCAUUCACUUUACAUUUUGGGGAACAGUUGGUAAUGAUGAUGCAUUAGCAUAUUAUGAUACUUCUAAUAUAGCUUCUAUCAUUGGAUUAAUAGGAUCAUUUUUCAACAAUGUUAUUACAACAUGCGGCUACCUUUAUGUAGCUUCAAACGAAUUAAUUCAAUUAUUCUUUUCGCAAGCUUCAACAUUUACAAGAUUUUUCUCUUCUAUAAUUAUUUAUUUGUUCUGUUGCCUACUUGCAACCUAUUAUGUCGCACCUUAUUCGAAAUAUUUUGAUAUUAUAGGAAAAACCUGUUAUUUAAUCAUAGCAUAUUAUAUUCCUCCAAUUGUUUAUCUUAAAGCAUUUAGGGUUAAGAGUGGAUGGGGAAUUUUAUCGAUAAUUUAUUUGUUAUUUAUAAUAUGUUAUACAGGCGCCCGUUAUUAUGACCUUUUAGAAAGAUAA